ACGCGAACACCCGAUGAAAAAUAGGCGUGGAGGGAGCGUGUUGAGUCAAGGAUGGCUGAUAUAAAGUCGUGCGAGUUUAUAAAACGGAGACGAACUUACUCCAAAACCCAGUUUUCCAACCGAUCGCGCGACUAGAAACACACGGUAUUCUGUCAUUAAAACAAAGUGUCCAUUCAGACGCUCAAAAGCCGUUAUCGUCAGUCGUUUAUCCCGCAUACAGAAAAAUCGGCCAAUUGAUAUAUAACGAAAAGAGAGUGAUUGUAAUAUAACGAAAAGAGAAUAGAUCGGAAAAUUUUCAACAUACGUCAAUUCAACGGCGACUCAUUGAUAUCAAACAUUCUCUUGUCACGCAAUAAUUCUUCGUAAUAAUAUUUUUCACUCUUUUAUUUAAAAAUGAUGACACAUGACAUGAAAGAGGAUCUCGUCGAAUGUGAUAACACAUCAAUAAGAUAUAGGGUACACGUCGCUUAAGUGCUAAGUGAGCGCAUACUUUUAUAUUAUAUUAUAUGCAGGAUUGGAAAUCUCAAUCGGUCUCGUUAGAGACAUAUUAUGUAUAAAUCUCAUAUUUAUCGGAGCAGCGAAACUCCGCCACGAGACAGCGAAUCUGAGAGCACGCCACUGCUCUCUUCGAGAUCUCGUACGAGUUUAGAGCCGGUAGUAUUGUUCGGUGAUUCCGAAACAAGCAACUUAGUUCCGAGUUUGGCCAACGACUCUUUCCAGUAUGGGAGCGCCGACACCGUCAAUAAUAGUGCAAUCCUAACAGUGAUACCGAAAAGUCCACCACCUCUGAUGCUGAAUAAUGAAUUAUUCGUUUCUACAGCGGAUCCACUGUGCAAUCUCGGCCAUGAAAAGAAUUACGAGACAUACAACAUCGAUUCGAUAUUGAUGAGUGAGAAGCCCGAUGUGAACAAUUACGCGCUCGGAGGAGAUCUCAAAGCCGGAUCGUUGCAGUUUCAACCUGACAUAGUGCCAGUUACAUGCAAGGAUUUCAAGCCAAAACAAAGCUCGUUAGUCACCAUAUUCUCAAUAUGGAACACGAUACUUGGAUCAUCGUUGUUAACGAUGCCGUGGGGAAUCGCAAUGGCUGGAUUCUUUCCUGGGAUCAUCAUUAUACUAAUGAUGAGUGGUUUAUGUCUGUACACUGCUUAUCGUCUUAUAGCCGCACACGAGUAUCACGUUCAUGAAGGGGGAGGAGAAAAUAUAGAAGUCCUAGAUUUGAGCCGAAUAUAUCUUAAUAAAUGGGCAGAAUAUAUUGCCAGAAUUUUUAGUAUUGCUGUAUUGAUGGGCGCAACUAUAGCUUACUGGAUAUUGAUGGCUAAUUUCCUGUAUAAUAGCGUUAAUUUUAUUUAUGAUAACAUAGCUAGUUGGUCAAAAUAUCCUGUAUCUGAGAAUACCUCGCAUAUUGAAGUUCUAUGUCCAAAGAAAGAAAUUCACAAUAAUAAUGACACUAUUAUAAUUCACGAAAAAACAUUUGACGCGCUAGGACCAGCGUGGGAUCUGCACGCAACAGUGCCCGUAUUUUUAGGGCUACUGGUAUUUCCCUUGCUGAAUUUUAAUAGUACAACAUUUUUUACAAAGUUUAAUUCUCUCGGGACGGUAUCAGUAAUAUAUUUGAUCGUUUUUGUUAUGAUAAAAUCCACAUCUUGGGGCGUGAAUAUGAAUGGAACAGAAUGGAAAACCAGUUGGGUAAUACGACCGACGUUUCCGGCCCUUACAGGAAUGUUAUCGUUAUCGUUCUUCAUUCAUAAUAUUAUAAUCAGUAUAGUGAAAAAUAAUCGUAAUCAAAAAAAUAAUGGGAGGGAUUUAACUAUAGCAUAUAUUCUCGUCACUGUAACAUAUUUCAUAAUAGGUUUAAUGUUUUACAUAUGCUUUCCUCUACCCAAAUCAUGCAUAGAAGAUAACUUAUUGAAUAAUUUUCAAAAAUGGGAUGGCCUUACCAUAGGUGUUCGUAUAGUACUACUUUUCCAGUUAUUGACUGUUUAUCCUUUGAUUGCAUACAUGUUACGUAUUCAAUUGCUCUCAUCGAUAUGUAAAACAAUAUGUAAUAGAAGCUUAGUGCUUAUUGUUAAUCUCAUAUUAGUUUCCAUAUGUAUUUUGUUUGCAACGUUUAUGCCAUAUAUUGGAACUAUUACUCGAUAUACUGGUGCCAUGAGUGGAUUAAUUUACGUUUUCACUUUACCAAGUUUACUACAUUUGUCGAUUUUAAAGAGACAAGGAAAAUUAACUGUGUGCUCUUCGUUAAUCCAUUUGAGUAUACCUGUUAUUGGAAUUAUAAAUCUUGUUGCUCAAUUUUUUAUUAGAGAUAAGUGAUAAAAUAAUUAAGUUAUGAUAGACUGUAUAAAUGCGCGCACGCAUUUAGUCUCUUUUAUAAUAUUUAAAAUUGACUACUCAGUACGAACAUAAUGACGUCAAAUGAUGUUUUAAUGACGUCUUAAUGACAUCUUUAAUGUUAAUAAUACGUCAUUAAUAUGUCAUCCUGCUAUUAGAGUAUAUCUAGUAAAAGUAUGUUUUAAACUUUUACAACAAACAAAGUUAAAAAGAAAGUAAAAAUAAACAAAAGUCAAGCAAAAUGUAAAACAAUUUAUAUAUUAAAUAAUUUAUUAUUUAUAAGAGCAUCUUGUAUUACCAAAUUACUCAUAUAAAUUCAAAGUAUAUUAAAUUUAGGAAAAUGUAAAUACACAUGAUGUACCAAAAUUAGUUUAUUUAACGGAUAUUAAAUAAUAUAAUUUAUUUAAUAUUUUAAGUAUAUGUAAAGAUAUAAAUUUAUAUUUUUCUUAUGUAUGUGUGGCCAUGGAACAAGUCCACUGGCCACAUAUUUUUCUUAUGAUUAACACAAAAAUUCUUCAUGCUGUAUUUUAUAUUUUAACAAAUAUGUAGUAUUAAAUAUACUUCAAUUUUUUUUA